GAUGACGACUGUCACUGUCCAGCACACGCCUGCAGCAGGCCAGCACAAAGUUUGUUUGAUUUGGAUGAGACGGCUUGUACUCGACUGUCACUGCUCCUUCUCACCGUACUGACGAGAAAAAAACAAAGACACGCGGUGAACCAAGGAACAAGCAAACUCAUUGGCAACUCCAUGGUGCUGUGGUGGAGAUUUGAGACGGGGUCAUGCCUCUGAUCAAGAGAAACAUUGAGCCUCGACAUUUGUGCCACGGUACAGUGCCGGAGGGAAUUGGCAAUGAGCUGGAAUGUGUGACCAACAACACCCUGUCCGCCAUCAUCCGCCAGCUCAGUAGUCUGAGUAAACAGGCAGAAAAUGUUUUUGGGGAUCUUUUUAACGAAGCCAACACGUUCUACGUGCGUGCAAACUCUCUGCAGGACCGCAUCGACCGGCUGGCCGUCAAAGUUACCCAGCUGGACUCCAGCGUGGAGGAGGUCUCUCUGCAGGACAUUAACAUGAGGAAGGCAUUCAAAAGCUCGGCAGCCCAGGAUCAGCAGGUUUUGUCCAAGCACAGCACGCCGAACUCUGUGGCGGACAUGUACAACGGCAGCGACAGGCCUCCUCCCCUCAGCACCCUCACUGCCUACAGAGAGGAUUCCACUGAUGCGAUAAAAUUCUACUCUGACCCACUCUACUUCUUUGACCUGUGGAAGGAGAAAAUGCUUCAGGACACGGAGGACAAGAGGAAAGAAAGGAGGAGGCAAAGGGAGCAGAAGCGAUGUGUGGAAAGCAGCACCCUUCAGCGUGAGGUGAAGAAGGUGCGAAAGGCUCGAAACCGCAGGCAUGAGUGGAACAUGAUGGCAUUCGAUAAAGAGCUCCGCCCGGACCACCGCCAUCCACAGACUCUACGGCGAGGGGCUUCAUCCGAGGGCUCGCUCUCCCCAGACGGCAGGCCUGACCUCCCAGACUACCCCGUCCCUCCACUGCCUGUCCACGCCACUUGUAACUUUGCCAAGUCUCACGAUUACGUCCCUGGCAAUGCACAGCCCUCGCCACCUGUGGAGCAUGAAUACCACAGCAUUGAUGUCAACUACAAGAGAGUAACCUAUGCCCCGGCAGAGCCUCACACUGCGGACCGAGUGAACGGUUCAAUACUUCCACCUGCGGAUUACAACUGUGUCCCCCCAUCUCCUGCCCAGGGCCCGCCCAUCCCAUCAGCACAGACAGCCUUUGGAUUUCCUCUGCCACCAACACCACAUAAUGGAGUUUUGAAUGUAGGCCCAGGCUACCCGCUCCCACCUGUGCCGCCCCCAGGUCCGCCACCUCCACCUCUCCCCUCACUGGCUGCACCCUCACACCUCCCAGGACACAGCAAAGGCAGCAGAGCUGAGACUAAACCAGUGAGGGAUGCAAGAAGUGACCUGCUAUCCGCCAUUCGCAUGGGCAUCCAGCUGAAGAAAGUCCAAGAGCAGCAGGAGCAGCAAAACAAGCGUGAGCCGGUGGGGAACGACGUGGCCACCAUCCUGUCCCGACGCAUCGCUGUGGAGUACAGUGACUCUGACGACGACUCUGAGCUGGACGAAAACGAGUGGUCAGACUGACCAAGACGUUCAGUGUAGCACUCGGUGGAAGUUUUGCUAUCCUGGAUCUUCAGUGCAAAUGAGGCAGCACUGUGAAUCACUCUCUUUGGCUCUACCUAGUAGCCUAAUGUCUGGUCACUGCUGCCAGAGUACAAUUACUUAUUGUAUUAUAAAUGAAUAAAAAACAUAAAUGAG